AUGAGUGACGUGGGGCAGGCCAUCCUGGAGGCCCUUGCGGCAGCCGCGGACCCGAACCCGGACCUCCGUCACAGGGGCGAGGUGCAGCUGCAGCAGUUGAAGGAGAACCCUGACGUCUUCUUUUCAAGCUGCGCUGAGCUGCUGACAACCGCCGGUGUGCCGACGCGGGGGAGACAGCUCGUUGGAUACCUGCUGAAAAAUCAUCUGUCGCAUCCCUCAUGCCUACGGAACCCGGCACUGCAGAUCGCCGUGAUGGAGCGGGCCGUAGUGGACCCGGAGUGCAGCAUACGCGCCGUGGCAUGCGCCAUCAUCAGCGCGGCGGUGAGGGAAACGUAUUGGCCCGUGGAGCCUGUUGUCAAGUCCCUCACAGGUAUUCUUUCCACACAAAGCGGAGAACUGCACGCGGUUCAUGGCGCAAUGCGUGCGUUGUCACAGAUUGUGGAUGACGCAGUGCAACUCCUAGACAUGCGACAGCUCACGGGCGUGGUUGUGAGUGCCGUGCUCCCGUAUCUUAGAACGCAGCUGGCCGGGCGAGAGGGGCUGGAGGUGCAGCUCAAGGCCUUUGACGCAAUUUCGGUGGUGAUUGAGCAGGCGGGCAUUGAUUACAGUAGCUUUUCGUACAGCAGUAUGCGGCCCCAUGUGCUGCAGGUUAUUGACGCCUGCUUCGGGAAUCUGCAAAAUCCGUCCUCCACCCAGCUCUCCACCAAGUGCGUGAAGUGUAUUGUGCUCUCGCUCGGCUACCACGAAGCCAUCUCGGACGAGUUGUUUCACAAAAUAACGAGCCUCAUGUCCAUGGCGACUGCCUCCUCGGGCGGAACCGACGAGGAGCUUCGCAUCGAGGCGACGGAGUUUUGGCGUGGCGUCUUGUGCUUUCCCAGGUUUGCCUCCCUGGUCGAGCCCACGCUGGAGAGCAUCAUCCCCGUCCUGAUUCGCUCCAUGGUGUACUCGGAGAUGGAGAUUAGCAUGCUGCAGGCCAGCGCCGAGGACUGGAGCGUCCCCGACAAGCUCGACGACAUCAGGCCAAGGCACUACCAGGCACGCGUCAACGAGACGGCCGCCAACGACGUUGACGGUGAAGCCACCGAGGAUGAGGACGACGAUGGGGAGGUGGAGGAGUGGAAUCUGAGGCGCGUGUCGGCCUUGACGCUCGAUUCCAUCGCGGAGUACUACGGCGAACGGAUUAUUUUCACGGUGCUGAGCGUGAUUGAUGGCAUGAUGCAGCCCAACAACCUCUGGAAGGAGCUGGAGGCCGCCAUCUUGGCCCUGGGGGCCAUCAUGGAUGGCUGCUUUGACUCCAUGACGCCGUACCUGCCGGACAUAAGUGCGCGGCUGCUGCAGUUGCUUGGCGACUCCUCCGUGCACUUCCUUGUGUGGAACAUCUCCCUCUGGACGAUGACGCAGAUUGGAAAGUAUAUCGUCUCUGUGCCCGAUAAACUGCAGAGUUUUAUGGCCUGCAUUCUGCAGAAGAUGCAGAGUCCCUCAAAGCUUGUGCAGGAGGGUGCCACCGCGGCACUGCAGAAGACUGUGCUCCUCUGCAGCGAGGGACAGCUUGACAACGACAUCCCGCUCAUUAUUGACUGCGUGGCAAAGUGUCUGCGCGGGUAUCAGCUUAAGAAUCGUGUUCUGCUGCUUGAAACCCUGGAAACCGUCUGCGAGACGAUGGGAGAGCAAAUGCGCAUCCGACCGGACUCCGUGGAGCUGCUUAUGGAACCCCUUGGCGAGAUUUGGGGUGGCACCCCCGACGAUAGUCCGCUCCUUUUCUCCUUUUUCAAGUGUAUGUCUAGCGUCUGCCGGGCACUCGGGCAGGCUAUGCAGCCGGAGUUGGCUAAAAACAUCUUUGAACGCUCCUACCGUUUACUUGUCAUGCAUGUGCAGGCACGCGCCGAGGCGCGACGGACGAAUCAAGAUCCACCGGAGUACGAGUUCCUUGUGACCGCCGCGGAUCUCUUGUCUGGGCUGUUCGAUGCCCUUGGCUGUAGUUUGGAGCCGCUUGUCGUUCAAUGUCAACCGUCGUUUGUCUCUACUGUGCUAGAGACGGUCCGGGACGAAAAUGCGGAGAUCCGACAGAGUGGAUUUUCACUUCUUGGUGACCUGGCGAGGGUCAGCCCUGCCAGCGUGCAAAGCGUUCUGCGCGAGGUGGUGAAGGCGGCUCUGGAGAACCUGGCGGUGCUGGACGAAAACACAUACGGCGUGAUCAGCAACGUGGCGUGGUGUAUGUGUAACUUACUGGAGAAUCAAAUGGACAUCAACAAUUUGCCCACGCUGGACGCCGCAAACGGACUUCCCCAGUUGUUUGCGGCGAUCGCCCGCAUUCUUGGCACCGUCCCGCACACGACUGAGAUGCGCAAUAUGGCGGAGAACCUGUGCAUCUGUCUCGGUCUCAUGCUCUACGCCGACCACGCGGUGGAGGCGCAGUCCGGCUGCGACGUCUCUCUCUUCGCGAAGGCGUUCUGCUCGUACAUGCGCAACGUGAAGGAUGUGCCGCACAAGGAGCAGGCGGUGAGUGGUUUUUUGAUCGCCGUGCGCCAGCAGCUGCCGGUCGUUGUCUCGCGCCUGCACCUCUUUUUUGACCUUGCCGUCUCGCUCGCGACGUGCAGCGGCGACGUGAAGCGGGCGAUGCACGACCUGCUGGAGGCGGCGCAGGGGCACGCCGGCGCCCGCUGGAGGCAGCAGCUGGCGCAGUACAGCGAGCAGCUCCGGACACGCCUCUACCACGUCUACGGCAUCCAGUGA